AAAUUCUGUGCGGUUCUAGAUACAGUCUUCAACUUCAAACGGUUGGCUGUCGCGCGGGAAAACUUGCGAAUCUGUGAGCUUGAUUCGCGUUAAUACACGUUCCAAAAUGUACGAACGAUAUUUAUAUUCUCUUGCAUAGGAAUACAUUACAGCAAAGUUUAAAUGAUUAUUUAUGCAAAGACUGUUUGCUUUUGGUGGCGCAGAUUUUUCGACUUCAAGGCCAAUUUAGGUCAUGGCGGUUUUCGUGAAAUCAAGCGAGCACGCGUGGCCUCGUGUAUUCAGUGAAGUUUGAAGUUUAAUUUUACAACGUGCGGAAAAUUACCCGAAUUCGCUGUAUUUGAAUGUUUCAAGCGUAUUGUGGUGUGUUUUUCUGUUCUAUCUAAGAAAGCGGAGUAUGAUUUAAUUACAUCGUGAUUCCUUUUUUUGUCAAUAUCAACUUAGUGUAACUUCCCGUGAUGUUAAAAACUAAGUAAACACACAGAACUAACAAAGACGAUUCCGAAUUCGAAUCGGAUGGAAACACGUAACUGUUUUUAUCUGGCCGAGAUGAAAACUAUCCAAAGUACUAGGAGUCCUAGGAGCUCGAGUAAGCCUUUGUCACAUGCAAACAAAAGGGGAUGGCACAUAUUAAGUGAUUGGAAAUCCUGUUUUUGCUUUUAGAUUUUUACCUAAACAGGAAAGGUGUCAAAACUAACGAAUCAUUCAGGAUGUGACGGAGUUGUUUGUUUAAUUGAGAGAUGUUAUAAAAAGGUUUGGCCACAUGUUCAUGUAACUUCUAUCGCCCCGUCUGUUUGCAAAGUGCUUAUACCAUGUUCAAUACGUCUGAUCCAAACGACGAUUUUUAUCUCACAUUAAUCGAUGACGAAGCGUUCUGGCAGAGUUUAGCUGUCAUUGGAUUUAUCUUAGCGAUCGUUAUCAUCCUAGGAAACGCGACUCUGCUUUACGUAACAUUUAAGGAUCCGCGUAAAUCGAUUCGUCUGUCACCGCCGGACCUGCUGAUCACGAAUUUAAGCGCGUCUGAUUUCUUACUGGGUUUGUUGAACGUUUUUCUGGUUGCUUUGAGAGACGCGUAUCGAUCCAGUCUUGUGCAUAUGCCCUUCUCUGAGGUAUUUAAGACGGUUAUGUACGCCGUUCUUAGCACAACUCUCUUUGUGAGCAGUUACUCCAUAAUAGCCUUGUCGGUCACUUGUUAUGUCGCCAUCAGCAGGCCAGUGGAGUAUAAAUCCAUCAUCACUAGAAGACGUCUCAAGAUAUAUAUUGCCCUACUGUGGCUGAUAUCUAUAGCGAUGUGUGGUAUUCCCGUCACCAAUAUACCCGAGAGGGCAUACACGCUGAUUUAUCUUCACACUCACGCCUCUCUUCCCACCAUCUUACUGACGGUGAUCUAUGUGAGGAUAUUUCGUGCUCUUGCGAGGCGAACGCGCGAGCUUCAACACAACAGAUACGACUCGAUUGCGAGUCACGUACUGAAACGUGAACGAAGAAUGGUGAUUGCAAUUAUUAUCGUACUGGCGCUGUUCUACAUCACGUACAUACCUCAAUACGCCACGCUUCAUCUGUUGUAUUUUUGCAAGCCCUGCCAACAGUCGAUAACUUUCCACAAGAUCGAUGUAGCGCUUUCUAGAUUUCUGUACAUUAAUUCUGUCAUUAAUCCUUUUAUCUACGCAUGGAGGAUUCCUAAGUAUCGCCGAGCAUUUUAUGACUGCUUGCAGAGUUUCUUUGGUAAAGGGAAAGUGACGGCUCGGCGCGGAUAGUUGUUUCCCUUGCAAGCCGAAGACAAAGUGUCCUAACUACUCCAAGUGCUGGGGAGGGCCUAGUGAUAAUUUGUCGGAGCAAGAAUAGGACUCCGAGUAAACAAAGUGUAUUAACUAUUAUUUAAGAACUGGGCACGUUGAUUAAGAAAAAAAGCAUUGAUCGCGCCAUGUUGACCCCCGUGGAUGUAGUCAUUGAUGUCCAACGAAGGUCGACUUCACAAUCUUUCAGCUUUAAAUACAACUUUACAAUCUUGUCUUUCAAAAAAGCUCAAUAUUUAACAAAUGUCUUCCUAAGAUUUUUCGUUUUAUUUUUAAUCCACAUUAUUGCUUUCGAUUGAAAAGAUUAGAAAAAAUUGACACCAGAGUUAAUCUGUGCCCGAAACCUUUUAUGUGUAAAAUGCUAAUUUUCUCCACUCCCACCAUGUUUAUAGACAUAAUACUAACUGCUACAGCGCAGAAAAAUAGAGUUCUCUGGCACUCAGAAAAGUGUCAGGAACGAAAUACUGUAAACAAUUAUUGCUCUACAAACUAAAAGUAAUAUUUUGUCAUGUUGUAAAUGUUACUGCUAAUUGUCUACCUUAUAAAGGCGUACCAAAUAUUACAGAACUGUCUUAAGUAAAUAAACUUGCUGAUAAACAAACCCAAUGUAACGCUACUGUGUGUUCGGAAAUCGAUGGGCAGAAAUGUGUUUUAUAUGGGUGGGGGUGUUUAUUAAGUUACCGAGUGAUUCAGUUUAUUUGGACCAGAUCUCUCCUGAGAUAUGAGACGUACAUUUUGUGUUACUCCUUCUUCUUCGAUUGUUUCACCGUAAUCGAAUUCCUAAUUUGAAAAGAUGAUCUUAACUACAGUCAGCUUGAACUUCCAUGACUCCACUCUACAUUGAUGGGAUGCUAAAAGCGAAUUUAUAUAGUAAUGUACUGAAAGACUUUAGGAGGCGUGACAAUGCUCUGUCAAAAGUGUAUGUAAUUGGUUUCUUUAAAAGGACUUUCAGUUAAAUUUCGAAAAUCUUACAAAUUAGCGCUGAGUUGCAUCUGAUCACAGUUCGUUUUCCUUGAACUUUGCUGAGUUAACCGACCAUUGGGGAUAGAAACUAUGAUCUUUGGGAAAGGGUUGAGGCAAGGUUUUGUACAUGUUCUAGCACAAAUCAUUAUAGCAAGACUUCUCCAAAGUUAGUAAACCCGCCCUAUUUCCCACCGGGGAAAAAGCAGGCGUCUUUUAAUUGAAAUUGUCUUUUUUUUCCCGGUACCUUAGGCACAUCUGUGAAACGCCAGUGACAGAACAGACAUUCAUAGAACAGCUG